UUUCUUUGUAGAAGUACUCACCUAUGGCAUAAUUAAGUCAUUUGGUGUUUUCUUUUAUGACUUAAUGACUUAUUUCGAUGAGUCCAACAGCAGAGUGUCCUGGAUAAUAUCUAUCUCUGCGUUUGUAAUGAUGUUUACAGCAAAACAGGUUUCAGCUAGUGCCUGCUAAACAUUCUCUUACUCCACUUCGGCUCAAGAAUUUAGGUCACGAAAGAAUCUGCUGAAUCCAGUUAAAGUGAAACGUUAACAAACAUCAACACUACCAGACAAAGAGAAGAUUGAACAGCACUUCUGUGUACCAUUAUUUUCAUCCCUUCCCCUCUUUAGGUCCACUGUGCCAUUCACUGCCCCAGAAGAGGAGGUGAACAGGCAAUCUGCUCCCAGACCUCUAACAAUGCCGCUGUGUAACUGGCUGCUUGGAGUCAUGCGUGAGUGGCCUGCGGGAGUGGUGUGUGUGUGUGUGUGUGUGUGUGUGUGUGUGUGUGAAUGUGUUUGUGUUCCUUCUUUCCUUCCCUUUGUGUACCCAUCUUUCCCUAGUUUCUCUCAAACACUCUGUGUUUCUGUAGUUUGCCUCUGCUUGUGAAUUUGUACUGUGGGAAGCAUAACACAAUCCAGCACUGUACCAUUUCCAUGACCACAUUAGAACUCAGGUGCUGCCAUCUAUAAUCUACUCCCCAAAACACCAAUAUGGGUAGUGGUGAUGCUUCCAUACACAGUACUCCUUCACAACUGACUUUAGACUCAAUAAUAUCUAGUAAUAUCACAUGGUUAACUAGUACCAGUGAGGUAACUUGUGUCUGCAAAUGGCACCAUAAACAUUUGAGUUUAUUUCCUAGCCCCAAGUAUAAUUCGGCACACAAUUAAUAUUCCUCAAACUACAUUUUACAUAAUGGCGACACAAAUAGGCUUACUUGGUGACCGUUUGGAACAGUGAUAGUAAUCUAACAGCAACAGAACUAAAAUAGAUUUGCUUAGCAUAUCCUACUGCUACUUUUUUUGUGGCUGAAUCAAAGGUUAUGUUUUCUAUCAUUUCACCUAUCUUCUACUCAGGUUUAUUUGAGAAAUUAUUUUCUGCAGUCUCUAAAAUUAUGUUUGAAAGCUAGAUUUCCACAGUUGCUUUAUAUUCAUUCUCUUCCCAGUCCUAACAAAUCAGUAGAACUUAAAUAAGCAAGGUCUAGAAAUUGCAUCCAUUUUUCAGGUGCUGCGCCAGUACCUAAGAUCCCCACAAUGGAGGGCAGGAAAUCUACAAGAGAUACUUUUUAACCACCCUGAAACAUGGGUUGGGCCCUUUUUAACAUGCAAACCUUAAACCUUCUGGAAGUCCCCACUCCAAUUCUGCUUUGAGGCAGCCAUUGUGGGCUGAAAUCAGGAUCCAGCUCUAGAGUGCACCUGUAACAACGAAGUAUUGAAUGUGGAGCCAGGAAGAGUAGAAGUGCUCCUCCCAACUCCAAACUAAGGGAUCAUCUUGAAUGCUGCCAUUCUUGCCGCCAUUCUUGACCAUCAACCCCAACAGACCCUGCAUUGUUUUACCCUCCUUCCAUCUCCAACUGGGCCUGUGGGCCUUUCCCAAGGACUACUGCAGCAGCUUCAUUUCUUACCAGCCCUCUCCACUCUUUAGUGGAGUGCUGUAAUGCUGAUUGUAUUGUGUGGCAAAUUAAUAUUGCGGAAGAUACACCAUUUCUUUGAACAGGCAUGACCUCCAUGCAUUCAAGGAAGAGAUGUCUCCCUUUCUGACCAUGUCUACCAUCAAAAUAAAUUGGCUAGGAUCAUGUUUUCUGUAUAACUCUGUGUCCACUGGAAAACAGAGCACUGCAGAGACAAAUCUUCAGUAUACUGGCCUUCUUGCUGCACAUAACUUUUCAAUCCACCAAAUUUUACUUCAUUUUGGCCUUCUAGAACUCAAGUUAUAUAUCUAGCACCUCACAAUUUAUGACACACAAGACAAUGGGCCUUGCUACUUUAUUCCUUAUAAAGAUAUCAAUUUGUCUAUCAUUCCUCCUGAAAGAUGCGCCCCAUUCACUCAAUUCUCCUUUUCUUAGAAUCCUCGACUGCUAUUUCUACUUGAUGAGGGAGCUUAUAAUUUAGGAAGCAGGAUAUCAAGAUAGUCUAGUAAUGUAGAAAUUUCAUUUUUUCAACACUGAGAUUUAAGAAUGCACAGUAAAUAAAGUUUGUUGUUAUUUAAUACUUCAUUGCAAAUUGUUACACAAAACCAUUUAUGAUGUGGAAUUAGCAGUAGUUGUCAUUCAUAUACAUCGUUUUGAUGGUUGGAUUUUGUUCAUUAGCAUUCAUGACUCACGUGAGUAAUUUAAACAAGGAAAACUUAUUUCCAAUAUGACUCAAACUAAGAACAUCCAAAAAUCACAGCGAUUGAGAGUACUGGCCACACUGUACACCUGCCCCCCACCCCGGCUGCUUACCUGUUUAUGAUAAAAAAUGCAAGCCCUCCCUCAAUCACGCACACACACAAAAGGAAUCUGUGCAUCUUUUAUCCUCCAUUUGCUGGCCUCUUUCCAUCUUCCCUCCUCAACUACUAUCCAGCCUGAUAUGGUCCACUGUCCAGGGUUAUCCACACAUUGUUAACAGCUUUCGCUGCCUUUUUAUCUAUAUUCAUUGUUUCUACUAUUACUGCCAUCUCUUCUUGACCCUUCAGGGAUAAGGGGUGUGCGGUGAAGGAGUGCUUUAAAGUUUGCAUGCUUGAAAGCUUCAACCUUGGCUCUUCAAACUUUCUUGGCCUGAAGGAGUGCGAACAACACUUUGUAAUUAUUUCAAAACCCUGCUGCUUUGGUCUAAAUCCACAUGUUAGGGACCAAGCUUUUCUGGAAGUUUGAAGAGCUGAGUCUGAACGUCAGCAAGGCCUGUACAAGUACACAAAAAAACACCACUUUCCACAAUACUAAGUAACCACUUUGGUUACCGCCCAGUAGUGAUGCUGGGUGGAUUGCUCGUUAGUAUAGGAAUGAUGGCAGCAUCGUUUGCACAGGCAAUUGUAGAAAUGUACAUUGCCAUUGGAUUAGUCUCAGGAGUAGGUUUCUGUCUCAGCUUCCUUCCCACAGUCACAAUCCUCUCCCAGUACUUUGAUAAAUAUCGCUCUCUUGUCAUGGCUGUGGCAUCCACAGGAGAAUGUUUUGCUAUCUUUGUUUUUGCACCUGCUUUUACAUUAAUGAAGAACCAUCUUGGGUGGAAAAAUUGUCUCCUAGUCAUAGGUGCACUGCAGCUAAACAUCAUUGUGUGUGGAGCACUACUUCGGCCAAUUGUUAUCAGAAAAACUGAGGAAAAAACAGUGGAACCAGUGGAUAGGGCCAUGGAAACCAAGUAUAUGCUGGAGAACGAGGAAACAUGUAUCUCUAUAGAGUCUGUCGACUCGGGAGUGGAAUCUUUAUCUACCUCAUGUGAUCACUUAGAACAUAGUAAAAAAUGUACAACAAAUAAUAUUCACAAAGAAAAUUUUCAAAUGCUUCCAGAUAGGAAGCCAAAACCACAGCAUCAACCAAAGUUGCUUGACUUUUCAAUUCUAAAAGACAAAAGCUUCAUCUUUUAUACUCUUUUUGGACUAUUUGCCACUUUGGGCUUCUUUGCACCUCACCUUUAUGUGAUUCCCCUCAGCAUUAGCCUGGGUGUUGAUGAGUGGGCAGCAUACAUGCUAUCUGCAAUGGCAAUUAUGGAGGUGUUUGGUAGGUUAUCAGCUGGCUGUGUCCUAAACAAACAGCCCAUACAGAAGAUUUACAUUGAACUGAUCUGUACAAGCCUACUGAGUAUAGUGUUGUUGUGCUUUCCAUUCACCAGUGGAUUCUGGAGCCUUAUCACAUGCAGCAUGCUGUAUGGGUUCAUGUUUGGCAGUGUGGCUAGUGUUCACAUUCCAAUGUUGGCAGAAGAUGAUGUAGUUGGAGUUGAGAAGAUGUCAUCUGCUGUCGGAAUUUACACCUUCGUACAGAGCAUUUCAGGACUUGCUGGGCCGCCUCUUGGAGGUUGGCUUGUGGAUAUUACAGGUCAGAAUUAUGGAUCUGCCUUCUUCUUCAGUGGUAUUGGCAUGAGUUUGGGUGCAUUUUUUCUGGCAUUAGUUCGGCCAUCUAAAAAAGGAUUCUGUCAGAGAAAAGCACCUCUGAAGAUUGAUCAACAACAGGCGUUACAGGAGGAUCUCAAAAUUGCCCAGGAUGUGCCUGAAGACUUCCUUGAUACAGACUUGAAGAAACCAGAAAGUUUACAGGAUCAGUUUCAAAGUAUUGCUUGAAAAACAGUCAUACACCACCACAACAUAGUGCAUUUUCCUUUUUAAAGGUAUCCCUUAUCUAUGCUGUCAACUUCUGCAACUUGGCCUCAAACGUUUGCUAUUCUCAAAGACAAAAAUGGUUACUCACUUUGGAAAGAAAUACGGCAAGAAGCAAAUUUUUCAUAUUUACUAUUUAAUGAAAAAAGGCUAAAAGUUCAGCUGAACUAAAAGUGUCCAGGAAACUACAAAAUGAAAGCAGGAACACAAUGAAAUAUAUGGAAAGGAUUCAAGCUAGUUCAGAUUGCUCUUGUUCAUUUCGAUAACACAUUCAGGAUGCAAUCUCAAAACAACUUUCAAUCCAUUUGUGUUUUAACCUUUUAGGUAAAUUAGUGUAUAAUAUGCUUGGAUAUUCUUAUCUUUAUAUAAAUAGGAUGAUGAUCAAAAAUAUUUGACACAAUGGCCUAAUAAUCCAAGCCACUGACUGAAAUGUGUUCCAAAAAGUUGUUUCUUUGAGUUCCAAGGAUAUCAAUUAUUCCAACUUUCCUGUAUCAUAAUAGUAGUUCCAAUAUGAAACACAAUAAAAUGAAGCAUAUCAUGUCAGGGAGGUUGGGGGCAGGGUGGGUAACUCAAUUUGACAGAGGUCGUCAUUUAUGAAAAAAAUGAUAAUUUGUGGAAAAAUAAUCUGUGACUCAGAAUUCUAGAGGAUGUGUGAGGAUGAACAGCAGAGGUUAGAAGAUGUAAACUUGUAUGCCAUAUGUAGAGUUGGAGUUGAUAUAUAGAAGUUUCAUUUUACCACCCCAGAUUAUAUAAAACACAUUCUAAGUUCCUGAGUUUUAGAGAUUCCAAAUGACUUCAUAAAAGUAAAAUGCCAGAUGUAGAUGUUUUAUUCUUCAAAUAGGUUCCUCUUGCACCCUAAACAAUUUAUGUUUUUUUUAAAAUAAAACUAUCAAAAACUUGAAUACAAUCACCAUAUCUAGAACACUCUUCCAGCACUCCUCCCACACUCCUGGAUUGGAUACAAUUAAGUUCUUGACACUUGAAAAAGAGACAGUUCUGAAACUUCUUCUUGACAAUCCAAUUUUACCGUCUUUCUCGAUUAUCAAUACUAAGUGCUCCUCUGAAGUUUUUAAAAUGUAUUUUGAGCUCUAAAUAUUGGACCCUACAUGCACUGCAUCUUCCCUCCAUCCCGACUCAAAAGGAAAGUUAAAACUCAUUGCACAAUCUCUUUACUCAUUCUUUCUCAAUAAUUAAAAUCAGUCAAAUGCCAUAGCCCCCUUAGUUCUUUGCUUCCUCUCUGUUUUUAUGCUUUUAAAGUUUGGCAUCACCUAAUCUCUGCUUCCUGCUUUUUACCACACAUUUUCUUUUACUUUUUCCAACAUCAUGUUGUUUGCACAAUUUAAAAAAGCUCAUCUUCCAUAUCAUUAAGGUGAACCAAAUAACAGAUUUGAAGAAUGAGAAUUACACACUUGAAGCUUUUUAAAUGUCUGAAAUCCAAUUGUCAAUCAACAGCUGCAAUGCAGGUAGGGCCUAUGAUAUUGUCAGCUGUAUCCAGGAGUUAAAAUGUUAGUCUGUUCACAAUGCUAAUGAUUUUUUUUUGUUCGCUAUGUACUCAUGAAUUUUCUGAAAGGGACAGAAUUGUGUCUACACUGGAAAUACUUCCAUUCAGAGAAUAAGAGACUCUUUCAUAUUCACUUCAUCAUCUACUUAUUAUUGGGAUUUAAAAUGCAGUAGUUUCCUUGCAAGAGAUUUGACAACCUUGGUACUAAGAAGCAAAGUAAUGGAAAUUCUGACUUGCCCUUUCCAUUCAUAAGUACACUCUAUGUGCGUGUGUAAAGAAAAAGUCAGUGAGCCUAAUUUGGUUUACCACAGUUCUUUCCCUUAAAUCACUUCGGAGGUGGGUUGUUCAGUCAGUCUAAUCAUAAAUGACUGGGUCACAUCAAUGCUAAUCAACCACAAAGUCACCCUCUCCCUCAUCUGAGAAAGCUGUGCUAUUGUAGGAAGAAUUUUGACUCCCAUCAGUGUGCUACGAUACUGAGGUUGCAGCAUUGUGAGCUAGUGUGGAAGAGGAAUCAGCCACAAUGCUACACAUUUAACUUGAAUAGUAGUAGGCAAAAAUGGUUGAAACCUUUUUCCAUCAAAGUCAGUAUCAGUCUGUCAAAUGUUCUGUACUGAAAAAACAAAAUCAGCGUAGCUGCAAAUACAUCCACACUCAUCAUCAAAUAACAUUAAGUAAAUCCCAUUUACACAGAUGGAGGGGGACUUGGAUGGCCAAACAGGAUUUAGCCUGGUAACAAAGGAGCAGAUGUGCUCAGCAAUGGGGCAAUCUUAUGGGAACCACAAAAGUGACACUGACACAGAUGGGGCAUAACAUGUUCAAACAGGAUGCAGCAAUGAAUUCAGUCAGCAACUGAAACAUCUUGCUAAUAUUUAAUAUCAAAUGCAACAGUAUUAAACUCAAUGUGAUAUGAACUCUUUCCAAAUAACUGAUAUCUGCAUAAUGGGAAGUAUUCACCUUAUAGAAAAUGUAUAAGGUUACAAAAAUGAGGUUUGACUUUUUUAAAAGAAACAUUGAAUCACUAAUUUUCUUUAUGGCAUGGAGACACCAGAUUGGGGCUCUCUUUCUCCUUGGUCAUAUUGUGAUGUCAUUGAAUGGGCCUGUCCCAUGCACCCAAAAGUUGCUCCGUGAAAAUAAUGGCGGCUUUGACUUCAUACUUAGCUUUUGUUCCAGCCGCAAGACCCAAGGAAACCAUGGUAAAGCCUAGUAACUAAUUUCUCAUUCUUUGGUAUCAUUUCUGUUGAAGCAGUUUUAAAGUUGUCCUUGCUGCUCCAGAAUACAUGAGAAUGUUCCCAGUAGGCGGUGACACACUAGCAGAGAUAACAAAUAACUUGAGGGUUCCUGUUUCAACGGUUACUAAAAAUACAUCAUUUUUCUUAAGUUGUGGCUAUAUUCUGGGUAAAAUAAUGACUCCAGACUUUCUUCAGUUGGACAAGAUUUGAAUUCUUUAAUCCUAAUUGGUUUACUCCAUCAAAGACACCCACACUGAUUAUUGAGAAAUUUGUGGCGCAGGCUUUCCUAUUCUACUGACAGAAAAGAGGAGAAAAUGACAUGCCAAAAUCAAAACCUAUUCAAAUUCCCAAUAAAUGGCAAUCACAGCCAUAUAAGUGGUUGCUGGUAUCCAUUUCAGCAUUAGCAGGUUCAUCACUUGAGAAAGAAAAUCAGAUAAAAUGUGUGGUAUUAGACUUACUUAUUGUUAAUACCUCUUGCACUCCACUUUUGAUACAGCUUGUCUAUAACCUGAAUUGUAUAGUUACUGUACAAGAUAUUUCAUAUGGAAGUAUUCAGGUGAUAUAAUGUUAGGUUCAGAUGAUUCAUGAUGCAAGUUAUUAGGAUUGAACAAAUACCGGUAAGGCAAUGAUCUGAAGGAUGUAACUAGGUUAUCUAAAGGUACAUCUUUGAACAAAACUGCAACUAACUUUAAAACUACAGAUUGAAGUAAUCUACAGGUUUCGAAAUACGAGCAAAGUAGAUUCAAGCAAAAUUUUGUUACGUCAAAAGUUUGCUCACUGUAACUCGUAUUUAUGCUUUCUAACAUUCAAUUUGUCCACCCCGUAACUUAAAGCAGUUUAAAAUGUUUAAGAUUUGCCUCAUAUCUAUAAUUUUCCAAUAAAAUACUUUAAAAUCUUA